UCAGUCGCAAGAAAACCACCAGAACGCUGUGUUGUAUCGCUGUAUCGCGUCGCCGACGACUUAGAUUUUCAUGUUUUCAUAAGCACAAAAAUAAAUACAAAAAAAAAACUGAAACAAAUAACAACAAAGCAUUAAACGCACGCUAAACGAUCGAGUGUAAUUUUCGCUGCUCACUUUCCUACUUAAAACGAUUGCAUUGCGAGUGAAGCGACCGUUAUUCGCGCUGGUUAAUUUCAGUGAACGUAGAAAAACAUAAAAACAAAAACAACAAAAUAAAUAAAGAAACAACAACAAAAAAAAUUCGAAAAGCAAAAUUAAGUAAAAAGUGCCGAGCGCAUUAAUUGCCAUACACGCUUAUUAUUGUUUCGAUUUUUGUUGUUGUACAACAAUUUCGUGUACUUUGUGUUUGUUGUGGGCCAUUGGUGUGCAUUGCAGAGUUGCGUGCGACACACAAAGCCAAGGCAUUGCACAAAAUUGCAGCGAAAACAUUUCAAAAAUCAAACAAACAACAACAACAAAAAAAUAAUAACAUAAAAACAAACAAAAACAAAGCAGUUAACAAAUCGAAUUAAGUGGAAAAGACUAUAGAAAUCAUGCCGUCCGAAAACGAUAAAGAUAUUGAAAUCGGCAACAAAGUGGAAAAUGUUGUUGUUGCCAGCAGCGACAAUGUGGAAAGCGCCAGCGACACCCCCGCCGCCGCCACCGUCGGCGCUGCGCCAACCGCCAUCGUCGUUGUGGCCGCGGCUAAGCCAGCAACGGAGGAUUCGGCCGUACCCGCCGAUGCAACGACGACGACGACGACGAAUGGCAAUACGGUAACGACACCGGCAACGGUACAAAAGGAGGCAACCGCCACGGCCGCGGCGCAAGAGCAGGCGCCGCCGUCGCAGCCAAAACGAGAAACCGGUGGCUUGCAGGCCAACAUCGAGCCGAUGCAACAAUCUAAUGCAGGCAAAAUGGAUGAGGACGCCACACUGACGAACUUUAAGGUGUUGUACUUGGUGACGCAACUGUGCGGCUUGACGAUGAUCAUUUUGGUUAGCUGUUGGGUUGGCAUACAUUUUGGCGGCGUUGGCGGCACCGCCAAUCCCCGGCUCGAAUUCAAUUGGCAUCCGUUAUUCAUGACAAUCGGCCUGCUAUUCUUAUAUGGCAAUUCCAUACUCGUCUAUCGUGGCUUCCGCAAUGUGCGCAAGAAGACCCUCAAGUGGACACAUGCCGGCAUUCAUUUGACAGCCUUCGUAUUGACCGUUAUUGCUCUGAUCACCGUCUUCGAUUCGCACAACUUGGCCAAUCCACCAACACCGAACAUGUACUCGUUGCACUCGUGGGUGGGUAUGGGCGCUGUCAUCGUCUUCGGCUUGCAAUAUGUGGCCGGAUUUACAGCUUAUCUCGCACCCGGCUGGCGGCAGGCACUCAAGGUCGCCUACAUGCCAUUGCACAUAUACUUCGGACUCUUCGGCUUCGUCUUGGCCAUAGCAAGCGCACUCAUGGGCAUCACCGAGAAGGCUAUAUUCGCUAUUUCAGAUUACUCAUCGUUCUCGAGUGCUGGCGUCAUGGGCAACUGUUUGGGCGUGGUCUAUGUGAUUUUCGGCGCUUUGGUGGUCUAUCUGGUUACUGAGGGUUCCUAUAAGCGCAAACCAUUGCCGGAGGACGCUGUGCUCCUCACGGGUGCUAAUGAAUAAAUACAUGCAUAUAUGUGUAUGUGUGUGGACAAGCAGCUGAUUUGUUUGUGUAAAGCUGUGCAGUGAAAUAGUCGCGAAGUUGAAACUCUAUGUUCUUACUUUCCAUUAAUUUUACUAUGUUUUAAAGCAGUUAUGUAGCGGUUUAUGUAUGUAGGAUAUGCUAUUUGCCAAGACAACGAUACAAAUCGCGAAUUUGCGGAGCGAGGGGGGCGACAAAUGCAUACAAACAUACAUAUAUAGAAAUAUUAUAUAAAUCAGCUUCAUAUAUACAUAUACAUAUGUAUAAGAAAACGCACAUUUAUACGCAAGCAUUUGCACAAAUACAACAACUUUAUGCUUGUGUGUAGGUAUGUGUGCCGUCACAUUACGGUGCUUAUUUUAAUUUGCGUACUUUUUGGUGCUUAUUUUAAGUAUUUUGUUU